CCUCCGCAUACGCGCAAACCUCUCGCACAUACAGUCCCAUCCGAAUACAGAGCGGAGGCGCAGAGAGAGAGAGAAGAGAGAGACAACCAUGGCCGAUACCAAGGCAGUAACGAUUCGUACGAGGAAGUUCAUGACCAACCGCCUUCUCUCCAGAAAGCAAUUCGUCAUCGACGUUCUGCAUCCUGGUCGACCCAAUGUCUCAAAGGCAGAACUGAAGGAGAAACUUGCGAGGUUGUACGAGGUGAGGGACCCAAAUUCCAUCUUCGUAUUCAAGUUCCGCACCCAUUUUGGAGGGGGGAAGUCCACUGGCUUCGGUUUGAUUUAUGAUACCGUAGAGAAUGCCAAGAAGUACGAGCCCAAGUACAGGCUGAUCAGGAAUGGACUAGAUACAAAGGUUGAAAAAUCAAGGAAACAACUCAAGGAAAGGAAGAACAGAGCCAAGAAGAUUCGUGGAGUUAAGAAGACAAAGGCCGGUGAUGCUGCCAAGGCAAAGAAGAAAUGAGCUUCUGCAUGUUUUGGGAUCGUAUGUGUUCGCAGGCGCAGGAAGGUUCCGUGUCAUCAGCCUUGCUGCAUCUUGUUAUUUUCUUUUGUUAGCAAAGCAUGAAAUUUUGGAUGUUUUAAUUUUAUCAAAAACGUUAUGAUGUUUUAGUGAGUUUUGCGGAGUGUUACGUAUGUUCUAACUAGUCAUUAAGGAAAUUUGAAACUUCACCCUA